AUGAUAAGAAAUAACCCAAAGAUUAUCAAACUAUCAAAAAACUUAACAUUUAUCCUUAGACAUGGAGCUGCUUCUGAGGGAUUGGAAAUAUCACCAGAAGGAUGGGUAUCUGUUGGUGAUUUACUCAUUCAUUCAAACUUUCAUAGUACAUGUUUCCGAGACAUACAAGAUAUAGUCAAACUAAAUGAUAAAGAUAGAUUUGAAAUGGAACAAAGAGGAACUAAAUUCUAUAUCAGAGCAACCAAAGGUCAUUCAAUGGCAUCUGUAACUAAUCCAAGAGAUCCAACACCAGUUAAUACUGUAGUAGACCCUGCAUCUCCUUGA